CACACUUAACAAAAAUGUCUGAUGCCAGUACUAAGAUUUUCUCUUUCAUCUUCUCAAAGCACUGAACUAACUUUUUUCUUCUCUAUAAAAAUGGCGUGAACAAAUCCUCGAUUUUUUCUCUCUACCUCAACAAUGGCGGAGCCACCACCAAACUCUAAACCUCACCGCCUUACUCAAUGCUAUCGCCACCCAAACGUCCCUACAACAUCCGGACUUUGUGCUCCAUGUCUUCAUGAACGACUCUCUGUCCUGAACCCGUCUUCUUCUUGUGCUGAAGCAUCCACUUCUUUUUCUUCGGUCUCCGGAGGUUUACCGGAGCUCCGGAGAUGCAAGACAUUCUCGGAAAAAAAAUUCGAUCUUGUCGUCGGAAUAGAACCCCGUCGACGAUCUUGCGAUGUUCGCGGUCUUAAUUCCCUGUCGAACCUUUUCGAUAUUGACGAUGAUAAUGGUGGAAACGACGUCGUGUCAGUUCAAUCAAGGAAUCUUGAGUUUCUGGAGGAAGAAGAAGGAGUUGAAGUGGAACGGGAAGUUAGGGUUUCUGAUUUUGGAAAUGUGUAUGAUGAGUUUGGGGAUUCUAAGACUGUGGAAGAGUUAAUAGACCUUGAAUUGAAAGGUAGUAACAGUAAAAAGAAAGAUUUUAAAGAAAUUGCUGGUAGUUUUUGGAUUGCUGCUUCUGUAUUUAGUAAGAAAUUUAGAAAAUGGGGGAAAGAGCAGAAGACAGAGAGUGAGUGUAAUAAAAGUAAUGGUGUUGGUUUGGGAGAGAUGAAGCUUGAGAAUUUGAGAGGGAGAAGGUUGAGAGAUACUCAAUCAGAAGUCGGUGAAUAUGGUUUCGGUAGGAGAUCAUGUGAUACGGAUCCUAGAGGUUCAAUGGAGUUAGGUAGGGCAUCAACUGAUUGUGGUGGGUUUGGGAGGAGGUCGUGUGAUACGGAUCCUAGAUUAUCAAUUGAUUUAGGUAUGGCAUCAAUUGAUUGUGGUGGAUUCGGGAGGAGGUCAUGUGAUACAGAUCCUAGGUUUUCGAUUGAUAUAGGGAGGUCGUCAGUCGAUUGUGGUAGGAUAUCGGUUGAUGGGGUUGGGAGGAAUGAGUUUGAGGCUCCUAGGGCAUCUUGGGAUGGAUAUUUGCUCGGUGCUAGAGCGACAUUGCCUCGUAGGAAUGUGAAUAAUGCGCCCAUGGUUUCGGUUAUAGAGAAUGCUAUGGCUACGGUUUAUGGAUUUGAUAACCGAGUGUUGAGUGAAGGGAAAACUAAGGUCGAAAAUGGUAGUGAUAAUGAGCGCUGGAGGAAUCUGUCUGGUCGGUUUAGAUUGGUUAAGAGGGAAGCCGGAGUGAUUGAGGUUAAUGAACAGGAAGGAUUGUCAAAUGCUCGGGUUUCACCAGCUGCUAUUGGGAUAUUCAAUGGGACUAAAUUGCUGAUUACUGAGAAAGAGUUGAAUGAGUGGAGGUUGAAGUCAAAUUCACUUAUAGAUGAUAGUUCAGAGAGCAUUGAAACUGCAUCUAAAGACCUGGCUUCGGUUUCUAGCUGUAGUAAUGGCCAAGGCUUCAAGAAAUGUCGCCAAUGGAGCAAGUUGUUGAACAUUUGGGGCUUUCUAAAUCGGAAAAAAGGCGAUAAAUUUGGGAACGUAGAAGGUGAAAAAGAGAAUUUAGAGAGCCCUGAUACUGAGUCUGUUGAUAACAAUCCAAGUAAACUGAUACGAAGCCAAAGCAGUUCGAGUUCUAGGAGCUCAUCCAUAGUAGUCGGAUCAAAAGCCAUUGUUAGGAGUAGGAAUGAAACUGUAGUUUUACAGAGAAAUCGAAGUGCUAGACACUCACCUAAUCACCUUGAUAACGGCUUGUUGCCAUUCUAUUUGACACCGUUGCAGAGCCGUAGGAGAAAUAGGCUAGGAAGAAGUAGAUUGAAGAAUUCGAAAUCGUUGGCUAGAACUGUAUUACGAUUGUAGACUUUAAACAAUAUGUCGAUAUAAAAUUUUCAGUUUCAAGCCAUUGUGUUAAAGAUAAAUCUUUGCUUCUAUGAUAACAGUGGGUAUACUGAUAAUGAAUUUUCACAUUAGGUAAUCAAUUUGUCAAUCAAGCUUACAAUCAUUCAUUUAUGUUGAAUGUAUGAUUUCUUUGUGUGGGAUCUGUCAUCUUUUAGAGUAAUGAUGCUCUUAUCACAUUAGUUCUAUGAUAACUAGUGACAUU